GUGAAGCGACCAGAGCAGAGGGGAGGCGGGGAGGGAGGGCUUAAAACAGGCUGGAAAGUUUGCUUUGGUUCGCUCAGAGCACCGAGGGAAGUUUGGCUUGGCGUGAAGGGAAAUUCACACCAUGGGGCCAUGAUAACAACCAAAGUAGCCGUGCUGGUCGCCCGAGCUCUGGUCGCAAACACGGUUAUUCAGAGGGUCGUGUCGUUCCCCAUGUAAACGAUGGAAAACGGGAAUCAGACAGAGCUGUAUUUGUCUGAGCAGGUGGUCGUGUUGUGUACCUGCGCUCUGUCGUUCUUGGGCUCCUCUUUGAUCAUACUCACUUACAUUAUUUGGUCAGAUUUAAGGACGACUCCGAGGAAACUGCUCGUUUACCUGUCGGUGUCUGACUGGCUGUCCGCCGUCUCCUACGCUUUCGGAGUCUGGAGAGUUUUCCGCACCGACUCGCCUGACUGCGUGGCUCAAGGAGCGAUAUCCACUUUCUCCAACACCAGCAGUUUCUUCUGGACCGUGGCCAUUGCUGUGUACCUGUAUGUUUUCAUUGUGAGGUCCAGCCAAAGAGUCGCUGACAGCCUGGUCCUGCCUUUUCACCUCGUCAGCUGGGGUGUUCCUCUGAUCAUCACCGUCACAGCUGUGAUUCUAAACAAGAUUGGUUACGAUGCAUCGGAGGUGUCUGUGGGAUGGUGUUGGGUCAGAAUCCACGCUCCGGACCGGGUCCUGUGGAUGCUGCUGACUGGAAAGAUCUGGGAGUUCCUGGCGUACCUCACCCUGCCCGUGAUCUAUAUCUUGAUCAAGAGGCACAUCCACAAAGCGCAUAUGGCCCUGUCUGAAUACCGACCCAUCCUGGCCAACAGGCGUCCGUCGUACUCCUUCUCCUCCAUGGCUGACAUGAAGCUAACUCUCAUUCCCAUCAUCUUCAUCGCCCUGCGCAUUUGGAGCACCGUGCGCUUCAUACUGCUGCUCGCUGACUCUCCUGUCAGGCAGAAUCCGGUGCUCGUCACGCUACAUGGUAUUGGCAACACUUCUCAGGGAGCAGCCAACUGCAUCAUGUUUGUUUUGUUUACUCAGCCGAUCCGCAAUCGCCUCUGCACUGCGCUCUGCUGCUGUGGAUCUAAAUGCCGAGAAGAGGUGCAGAGCUCCCACAAUGCCACGCAGAGGCUGCUGCCUGGACAGGGCUCCCAGACCCAGAGGGACGAGGACAGCACCAGCCUAGUGCGGACGGACAGAUGAUACUUUACCUUAGGGACGAGUGAAGAAAGACUAAAGAGAGCCGUGUAGGUCUCCACUUAAGAUGAGCCUCAUUAAAGCAAGUGCCUGCUUGGAGGGCUGUAGAUUCUGCAGGUGCAUGCACAUCUGCGUCACGUUCCUGCACUUUGGGUGAUGGGCUGAUGCUGACUGCCGGUCAGAGCCAAACGAAGCAUUAGAUGACACCCUAAAGUGCGGUUUUACUUCAGGUUGUUCAUGCCACACUCCAUGAAUGACAGCCGACUGUAAAGUCUCACGUUCUGUUGUGGAGCGUUCACUGUGAAUUUAUAUUUAGUUUUCUUUCUUGUACUUUCACAUGACUGUGAUAAAAAAAAAUUGUUAAAGAAAAGUUUUUCAUUCUUUGAUUCUUGAUCAUACUGUUCGACUUAUUGAAGUCUCACAGAACAUUUAUCCUGAAUAUGGUCACCCCUGUUGUUCAAACGUGUUGCCGACCUUUUGUGCUGUCCUACCGUCCAUAAGGGCUUAGUCUUAAUUCUAAACUAAAUUUAUCCUGAUACGGUUUAAACACAAAAACCAGAAGUACUCGCAUUACUUACCACGCAUUCUUAACGUGUUUCAGACUGAAGUUGCAAAAGAACAUCAGAGUCUGACGUGUGACCAAAUGCGCCUACAUCAUCGCUGUCACUGUGGUCAGGAGAAUAAUGAGUUAUUAUCACAUGUCGUGCUUCCUUCUUCUAACCUGAGCUGCACACAUGAGCCCCACUUCUUCUUUUGACCCUCACUGCUGGUUGCUUUCUGUUUGCUUCAGUAAGCCGCGGGCCUAAUACUAGCAGGGAAUGUGUGAACUGCAUACAUAGGUUAAGACGGCUUGAGCCACCAGCUUGCCUUAAUACCACAAUGCAGCUUCCCAUAGCCCCUUUGGGUCCUGAUCGGGAUAGUUUUGGUCAAAGUUGGGAACUUCAUCUCUCAAUUUGUGUGUGAACAAGGCUGGACUCUUCAGAGAGAAGUUAGUUUCCAUGCAGCAGUUCCAGUCCUACUGUUUGCAUUUCUAUAUUUAGAAUAAAUAAGCAUUUUGACUUUAUUUUGGGUUGAAGUAAUGGAACACUGUGAGAGCUCAGUCUCUCUCAAGUCAUCAGUUAGAGUGGCGACAGUGUACUGAAUAUCCUGUCUGGGCAAAUAGAGGCACUGAAUUUUGAUUACGUCUAAAGAUGCCAGGGGAGUUUUUUUUGUCCUUGUGCAAGGCAGGGGACACACAGAGGACCCCUCAGCUGCUGCAUUUCCUGCAGGAAUCAAUCCAUUGUAUUACCACCGAGAUUUGGCUGACAUUGAAACAAGUAAAGCUGGUGAAAAUACUUAGAGAAGAGCUUCCUGCUCUCUCCUCUGCUGGCUCUGCGCCCAUUUAAUUCAUUAAAUUCAGGCGUAACCCUGAGUCGUGCUAGGCAAAUGAGCAGACUUCUCACCAGCGGGACGGCAUCUCUUUAAGCAACACAUCCAAAACAUUAAACGAGCCUUACAGCUUUUAAAGAGAAAAUACAAAAACAUCAAGGGAAAAUUCUCUGCAGAGUUCUUAAUUUUACUCAAGUUAGAAAUACUGAUCUCCGCAAAGGUCCCUGUGAAACUCCAUUUUGCAUUGUACAUGCAAUACUCUGUGUGUCUUUUUAAAUUAUGACAAGGUAUCCACCACAACAUUAGCCCCACCACCUGCUCACUGCAGACAUUUUUCCAGUUCCAUCCUGGCCCCACCAGUUUGACUGCUUUUCAUUCUGGUCUAUCAGCCCUGCUCUGGAAUGCCUUUUCCGUUUAGGUUCUGUUCUAAUUUGUUGAGUGUAACUUCUCACUGAGCCCUGUUUUGUUUAUGUGUAUUCUCUGUUGUAAUUGUAAGGGGGAGAAAAAACUCUAAGAGUGAGUAAGAUGUUAACUAUUGUGUUCUUGAUUUGCCUUGUGAUUCACCACUUUGUUUUGAGUCCGAAAGAAUUAGCAGGUGUUCUUUGAUUUGUUAACAGAUGGUGAAUUCAGCACAUUGCUACUUUAAAUAAAAAUGACAUUUCCUUACAGAGACACCAUCUGGUUUAACAUGAUCUCCUCUUAUCCCAUCUAAAUCUGUUCAGAUCACAAAUGAUGACACCUAUAGCUGAUCCUUAAAACAAAAAGGGCACAUCCUUGUAACAUAGAGGGAUAUGGUCACUUGGCUGGGCCAAAGGGAAGACAGGAGCCUCCUCGCUCCCAGAUUGCCCAAAACCUAUUAUCUCUUCUGAUUCAUUUCAGUCAGCUGAAUGCUGACAUGUUUCCCCAUUUCAUUUUCGAAGCUCCACAGUGUGGUAAUACAAGAUUAAAUGGGGACAGCUCAAUGCUGGAUCAGUUUCACCAGUCUGCUGAGCAGCUGGCAGCUCACAGUGUCCGCCCCGCUGCGUGGAAUGAACUUCAGCUGUUCAGUAAAAAAAACUAGCUAUGCCUCUCACAGACUGUGGUCAGCAACCUGAAGGCCACUUGCAUGGUGUUUUCUUGUUUGUUGUACAAUUGUCAGACAAGGCGGGAAUGUAAUGGCUCAGAUUUUUAAGUGUUUUUAAAUUCUAAAAAAUAUAUGAAAAAAAUAAUUUAUUUAUUUUUUCAUUUCUUUUGUGGCCUUUAGUGUCAUUGUUAGAUGUAAUUAUUAUUCUGUGUUUUCUUGGUUCGUGUAGAUCAUUUCUUUGCUUCUCAUUUUUGUGAGCUGGUUUGACACACUGACAGAAAAUGUAACUAAACUUCUUUUGAACCCAAAUUCUGGACCUGAAUCUGAACUACUGCUGUACUUUGAGCUUUUAUGCUAGUGCUCAGUGGACUUGUUCAGUAAAGCUUCCAUUAUGAUGUCAUGUCAUGAGGCAGAGCACAUGUCUUUUUCAAUAAGUGAGCAAUGAGCUAAUAAAGCCACAAGUACUUUGACUUUC